GCUCCCUGUGACGGCACCAGGCAGUCAUGAGUUCCAGUGGCUACGAGCCCUACUUCUCCUCAGUGUACCGGCGGCGCUAUGCAGACGCCAGCCCCCGGACCACAGUGCGCAGCAGCUCUGUGAUUGGAUCCCGCUCUGCUUACUCAAGCUAUGCUGCCCCCCUCUCCACUCCUGCUGGGGGUAUGUCCCGCCUGCGAAGUUCUACCUACCACGGCCGAGUGGCUGUCUCCCCGGUGGGCGCCGAGGUGGAUCUGAGCCGUGCGGCACAAGUGAGCUCCGAGUUCAGGGCAGUGCGUACGCAGGAGAAGGCCCAGCUGCAGGAUCUCAAUGAUCGCUUUGCCAGCUUCAUCGAGCACGUGCAUGAGCUGGAGCAACGCAACCAUGCCCUGGAGGCAGAGCUCCUCGUACUGCGGCGCCGGCAUGGUGAGCCAUCCCGCCUGCACGCACUCUAUGAGCAGGAGGUGCGCGAGCUGAGGGCCGCUGUAGAGGAGGCGCGGGCUGAGAAGCAGGCCGCCCAGGGCCGACGGGACCGUCUUGAGGAAGCGCUGCGGGGUCUGCAGGCCCGCUAUGAGGAAGAGGUCCUGGCCCGCGAGGAUGCUGAGGCUCGGCUACUGGAGGCCCGGAAGGGUGCAGAUGAGGCAGCACUGGCCCGCGCUGAGCUUGAGAAGCAAACCGACACCCUGCUGGAUGAGCUGGCCUUCCUGAAGCGGCUGCAUGAGGGUGAGAUCGCCGAGCUCCAGGCGCAGGCACAGUACAGUGCCCAGGUGUCCGUGCAGACAGAAACAGCUGCACCUGACCUGUCGGCAGCACUGCGUGACAUCCGAGCCCAGUACGAGCGCCUGGCUCAGCGCAACAUGCAGUCAGCAGAAGACUGGUUCCGCAGCAAGGCAGGUGCCCUGGCAGAGAGUGCUGUGCGCCAGAACGAUGCUGCCCGCAACGCCAGAGACGAGGUGGGCGAGUGUCGCCGGCUGCUGCAGGAGCGCACCCUGGAGAUCGACGCCUGCAAGGGAAUCAACCAGGCACUUGAGCGGCAGCUGCUGGAGCUGGAAGAGAAGCAGAGCACUGAGAUUGCCGCUAUGCAGGACUCAAUCAGACAGCUGGAGGAAGAGCUCCGGGCCACCAAGGAUGAAAUGGCUCGUCAUCUGAGGGAGUACCAGGACCUGCUCAAUGUCAAGAUGGCCCUGGACAUUGAGAUCGCUGCCUACAGGAAACUACUGGAAGGGGAGGAGAUGCGCUUCAAUGUGGGUGUGGCCCACAGUCUAGCCUCUGCCCCCUCCUUUGCCCGGCCGAUGUUCUCCCUGCAGACUGGCUUGAUUUCCACCACUCCCUACUUGUUUGGCUCCUCCCUCUCAGCAGCCGAUGAAGUGAUUGCUGUGAGCCGGGCCCAGCGAGCUGAGGCAACCCUUCCUCAGGAAGAAGAAGAGGAAACCAAGGAGGAAGAAGCCACUGCUGAGGGUGAAGAGGGAGAAGCAGCAGCUGAGGAAGACACUGAGAAAGAGGGAGACGAGGGAGAGAAGGAGGAGGAAGGAGACAAGGGGGGAGAGGAAGCAGAGGCGGAAGAAGAAGAAGUAAAAGAUGCAGAGGUAGAGGAGGAAGAAGCCGAAAAAGGUGAGGAAGGUGGAGAUGAAGAAGCUGAAAAAGAGGAAGAAGGUGGAGAUGAAGAGACUGGAAAGGAUGAGGAAGGUGGAGAUGAAGAGACAGGAAAAGAUGAGGAAGGUGGAGAAGAAGAAGGUGGAAAAGAAGAGGAAGGUGCAACUGAAGAGGGUGGAAAAGACGAGGAUGCGGAGAAGGAUGCUGCAGAAGAAGAGGAGGGAGUUGGAGAGGAAGAGGUAGGAAAAGAUGAGAAAGAGGAAACAGAAGAAGCAGGGAAAGAUGAGGGGGACACCAAAGAGGCAGAAACCAAGGGAGGUGACAAUGCAGUAAAAGAAGAAGAGAAGAAGGCAGAUGCUGGAAAGCAGGAAAAGAAGGAAGCAACAGAGGAGAAGCCCACUGAGAAAAAGAAGGACUGAGCCAAGAGCUGCAAACGAAUGAGCCAGAGAAUGAAAACCUGUGCUAACAAGACGAGCUAAACCCCAGAGUAACAAGCGACAUGUGCGCCAACUGAGGUGCUAUAUAUAAGGAAACUGCAAGUCAGCACAACUGAGUAAGAAUAUAAACGCAAGAUCAAAGAUCCCAUGCUACAGAAUACAGUACAUAGGAAGACCGUCCUUGGUCACCUUGUCACAUUCCCGCAUUGGGGCUGGGACAGGAAUGGAAAUGUGUGUGCUGAUGAUCCCUGCUGUGCUCCUCCUCAAUAAAGCUCAU